AUACUCAAACGUAUCCUGAUAUCGAUUGGCGGCAUUUGUUUUUUUUUGUUUAAUAUAAUAUAUUAAUAGGAUUUUUUGUGCAUUUUGUAUUUUUGUUUGUUUUGUGCACUUGCGAAACGCUAAGCGAAUAAAUGCGACGUGCUUAGGCUGAAUAGAGAAGCGCGGUGGACAGCGGACAGCGGAUAGAAUGGAUCAAUUCUCGCACGACCUGACGUUGGCUCUAGACCUGACGCUGAUGGACAGGGCGAGUGGCGUCGGUAGGUGGGGCUCCCGUCGUAGGACACGUUCCACGGGCAAUCUACCCUGCGCACCCCAGCCAACGGAGGACUCUUCAAGCAGCCCUACGGAUGCGCUAAACCAGGGGCAUCACCACGGACAUCAUGGCCACCACCACCCAAGUGCUAACGUGGACGGAUUGGACACGCAAAAUCUUAAGUUGCCGGCCAGCGACUCGGACGAGAAGGCAGAGGCGACGCUGCCUCUGCGUCUCCCACUGGCUUUGCCCGGACGCAUGGGUGCCUUGGAGUCGGACUCACUCAACGAGACUACCUUCAGUCCAGCCAGAUUCUACAAGCCUAACUCACGUAGGAAACGUAAGAUAAAGCGCAUGUCCAUGGAGUUCGAGUUCAGCAAAGACACACCACAUACCUUCACUGAGUCUCCAUUGCAGCCCGGUCUACUAAGUGGUAGCGGCACUGCCACCGGAACCAUACGCAAGCGGUUGCUGAAAAUUGACCCCACUGGACAUCGGUCGCACUUGUUUUUCUGUGGAAAACGCAAGCGCUCUAACCGCGAUCGCUACCAUGAACAAGAUUCGAUGAAGCUCUACGCCUCGCCACAUUUACAAAUGGAUGAGCAGCAUCAACAGCAACACCACCAUCAGCAGAGGAUGCGACCGCGCAGCUACUCCUCCACAUCGAAGCCACUCAGCGACCGCCUGCUGCCGCUGAACAAGGGACUGCUCUCGAAGAUCAACCGCAUGGCUGCCAAGGGACAGGUCACGCCCACCCAAAAGACUGAGAACAAGGAUAACGACUUUAAAGGUCACCAACCAAAGGAGUCAGGCGGAGCGGUCCAUGAGAUGGAGGAGCUUCCCGAUCAAAAGGACGUGACCAAAAAGCUGCUCCCGCCAAGUACUGAAACUACUUCCAACUUAAACUCCUUCAGCAUGGACACAAUAGUGCCUGUGACAGAUAUAGAUGCCUUAUUACUGAGCACGCCACCAGCGGCUCCGCUGCUUCGCAAAAAGACACAGUUACCUGGUCACACCAGCAGCAGCUCAUCUAAGACACACCGCCGUCGUCGCUUCCAAACGCUUCCACAGCCUCCACUACAGCUUCAAGCCCAGUCGAUGGACUGCAGCGAACUCUACGACUUUCUAAGCUCCAGUUCACUGAGUUCAUCCUCGGACAGCGAAGCGGAAGUGGGUGGACAUCGCCGACACGACACCGAUCGCGAAGGAGACGACGAACUCACCGACUGGCCUGGCAACGAAUUCGGACCUGGAGCCAGAUAUGAUCCGAAAAGGAAGCUUACUAAGAAGUCAUUACUACCGCAGAUUCGCUCGGAUGACACUAUUGGUGAAGAUGACACCCUGAUGUCCGGAACAGAGGCCGGAAUGGUAGGAAUGGAGCCUCCGCCGAAGUCUCCAGCCCAGCUACAGGAAUCUUUGCAGGAUCUAUCCCGGUUCCAACCAGCCGGGGUCUCUGAACCCAUCGAGAUUUUGAACGCCUGCUUGGAGAUGGAAACGAAUGCAGAUGGCACCUUGCCGGCUUCACGGCAAAUCGAAAGCGAAAUGUCCGGCGAAACUUCGAAUCCGUUUCUUUCCUCUUCACCGCUAGGACAGGCUCUAGGUCAGGAGGUGCGCGAGAUACGUGCUGGCUGUCGCCGUGUUAAUGGAGAGCGACCGGGAUUUAGCAUUAAAAUGAGCGUCAAUGAGCGCAUCACUCGAUUUGUGCAGGAUCCACAGCAAACACAGAUACGACUGUCUGAUAUAGAGCUAUAUGAGCCCGAUAGCAUGUGCAAUUUGGCAACGCUCUACUCACUGACCAUGGUGGUGGAGGACGGCUGCACAGUGCUUACCAAAACCAGAAACACCACACAGGCUGUCAGCGUGGAUCAUCUUCAGCAGGGACUUCAGCCACGUCCCGAUCUCUUCGGUGAUUUCAAGCGGCGCUGCUACGGGGAGGAGGAGCAAGAACAGCUCCAGCAGAAUCCCGGGCAGAUUCAGCCACAGAAAUGAAAUACAUUAAUCAAAACAAGACCAACCCCCAGCAAAUACGAAAUUAUCGCCAUCUGGAGUUUAACUCUUGGCGACGUGAUCCAGGUGCAGUGCUGGGGUGGAAGAAAACCAUAAACUAAGAGUGAUUUUAACGUGUUUUUGUGAAAUCUGUUCCAUGUACAUAGGUUGCAUCGGUGUCCGUGUAUAUACUAACUGUCUUCAUUUGGUAAGUGCGUUAAGUAAAACACCGGAUCCCAGAUCCCGUCGAUUUUUCCAUACUCUUGGAAACGAGCGAGAUGGCACAUUUCAGAGAAAGAGAGAAAACCGAACAGAAGCCGUUGGCAGAUGUUCCACUGUACAAAAUAUAUAUUGUAACACCUAACGUGAAUAUGAAUAUAAGAAAUAUACGUAUGGUCAUCGAAUCACGAA